UGAACACUGGCAACGGUCGUUCACUCGCUCCCUCGUUCCCUCGCUCGCUAGCCCCCACUAGAUGCGGCACUCUGCCCUGCCCGUCUCCCGGAGUCUUCAACGUCUGCUGUAGAUGAGCCUUAGCGUUCAUGCUCAUCCUGCUACUCCUUCGCGUGGCAACACACUGCUCUUGGCUCUGAUCGAGUUGCGCUCUUGCUUUUGCUCCUACAAAUUGGGCGAAAAUGGUCCGAGGAACGGUUGCCUUUGCUGCCAGCACCACCAAUUCCUCGAAGUCAAGAGGCGGAAGUUGAGCUCAUCCUCGGCUGAAGCAGGGGACUCCCUCGGCCAGUCAACCAGAUCCCCACCAAGCAAUGGAGCGUCGUGGCGAGCCGUGCUUCUUCCAACAUGAACAUCAAGCCUACUCAAAGGGCUACCUCCGCGCCUUGUGUCCACCUGCCAGAGAACGUUGGCUAGCACCUGCUAGGGCCGCGAGGGAUGCGCUACGCAGGCAAGAUCGCACCGACUUCCUCGACCUCGGCUGGGAAAUCGCCUGGCAGUCCGCUGCAGACCUAUCGCCAGUCAGACCAACACAGAGCCCACAAGCAGCAGCUCCUCCAACGCCCUGGGUGCCACGCCCACUGACAGCCGAGGAGCUCAAUGCGCCCUUUGGAAGCUUUCAAGAUAGCACCACAACAGAAGGAGGAGAAGACGAUGACACUCACCAAGCCAGCACAUCUGGGAUGCAGUACUCUUUCCAUUGCGAGAUGGAGGAGCACCUUGCCGAAGCUCGAGCCGAAGAUGAAGCUGAAGCCACCAGUGACUCUCCGGGAAGCAGAGGAGAUGGAGACGCAGAGGCAGAGGCAGACGAUGAGGUGGGGGACGAGGAAUGCAACACAUCCUCCCGUAUCAUCCAACAGGAAAAUGAAUCCCACCGCAUCGGCUUCGUAGGCUUUGCGCAAUUCACAGAGGACGCACAUAGGCGCUCCAGAGUACCGCUGCCUGCUGGUAUCUCGGAGGAGCAGGAGCUGGAGCUGGAGGUGAAUGUGCAAACAGCCAUGCAGCUCGACCUCCUCAAUCUCAGACUGAUGAUCACCCGCUUCCACAACAUCCUCGACCCCCUCGAGCCACCACGCGAUAGCGUCGACCUGGCCUGGGUGCGAGCGACACACGCCGAGCUGGACAAUCUCUUUCGUCUCUGGUACGAGAAUGGGGAAAAGGUGGUGAGAAGGUACUACAGACGCCUGCAAGCUGAUGGAGGGAGACUGACAUCUCUGAGCGAGAUCAGCAACAACGCUUCUGCCUCCUCAUCUUCAGGAAGGCGCUCAGCAAGAGUCUCCCUCCGAGCCAAGGCAGCAGAAAUCGUCCUCUCCCUCCUCUCUCGCUCCAUUGGCCCAGACUUUGUCGAUGUCGAUGCUGGAGCCUGUGCUCCACUUUGCGCCUUUGUUCGACCUAUGGACCAGCUACUGGAACGACGAAUCCACGAGCGAUUGGUGGAGAGUACCGAGUGGCUUAGGAUGGACGAGGAGUGGUACACUCUCUUCUCUCGCGUCGCGCAGAGGCUGGGGGACUUCUAUAAGGAGACGGUCCUAGAGGGCGGCAGCACACCCUCUACUUCUGCUGCUGCUGGUGCUAGUGGAAGCUCACGUCAAGGUUCUUUUUCAAGCACGCACCAUCCUCAUCCUCUUCCUCAUCCUCAUCCUCAUUCUCAUCCUCGUCACCUCUCGCUCCCCUGGCUACCAGAAAUGGAGCGCGACGUCUACUCGGAGCGAGACGUGUACUCGCGAAUCUACUUGCUGGAGCUACUCAGGGAAGGGUGUGCACAGAUUGUUAAAGUGCAGGUGCAGAGGUGCAGCAGUGGAAGUGGGAGUGGGAGUGGGAGGGUUCGGGGAAGAGGAAGAGGAGGAGGAAGGGUGAGGGAGUGAUCGCAGUAGGGUGACGGGCAGGUUGGCGUUUGAAAAUGGAGCAGAAGG